AUGGCCGCGGCUCUCCAUCCCGGCUUGGCGCGCGGAGACCGCACCCCGGCGUUGGGCUGCAGCUGGCUGCAGUGGCUCUCGAUCCCGCCGCCUGCGCGGCUUCUCGACGCCGACUCGCUCUUCUCGGUGACGGCUUGCGAGGCGGCGCUGCCGCGCGCGCGGGAGGCGUACAACCGCAAUUUGCCGCCGCAGUACGCCGCGACGGAGCACGCGUCCCGGCUGGCGGCGGCAGAGGCGGUGCUGCGAGAGAAGGCGUGCGGCCCCGCCUACGACCGGUACCUCCGCUCGCUGCGCGCCGAAUGCGCCGCCCUCUGGCACGACGGCCGGCGGCUCUGCGACGCCGUCUCUGUCAACGGCACGCCGGCGGCCGGCCACGCAGCAACCACCGCGAUGCUCAAGGCUGCGGUCGGGGCGAUGGUGGAGCGCGCCGCGGUGCACGGCGAGGCGGAGGCGGAGGGGAGGGUCGCCGCCGACGGCGACACGGGCGGCGGCGGCGACGCUGCGCCGUCCCGCGUGCGCGUGGUCUUGCGCAAGCCAACCGCGGGCGCAAAGUUGGGCGUCGUGCUGCGGAGCGCGCACGCGACGAGCGGGUCGCCGGUGGUGGAGCGGCUAGGCCCGGCCGGCGGCGCAGCAACCGACUCGCGCGCCGCUCGGCCGCACUCCUCGGGGCACAGCGCGACGCUGGGCUGCAACUGCGGACAGAGCGCCGCGGCGCACGCGGACCCAUUCUUCCUCGCGGAGAUCGAGCCGAUGUUUUGCGCUCCGUGCUGCGACGCGAUGCCGCACACGCCGCUGCCUUUCCAGCUCCUCGCCCACGCCAAGGCGGAGCCCGAGGCGUCCGCUGCCGCGCCGCCCGCGCCCGCGGCGGUGGCGGAGGCGGAGGCGGCGCCCUCGCUGCCGCUCUCGCUUCGGUCCGCGGCGUACGAGUGCCGGCACGGCCACCGCGCUGUGGUUGCGCCGCCGCACCGGCUGGCCGAGGCUCGAGGCGCGGUGCCGCUGCUCAGCCAGCUGGUGGGCGGAGAGGCGCCUCUUGCCCGGCCCUGCCUCUCCGAGGGGUGCGCCGCCGCCGCCCAGCUCCAGCGCAUCUACGUCCGCACGCCCGACGCGCCCGUCGGCGUCGAGCUGCGACCGCGCGUCCGCUUCGAGAGCGGCGCAGCGGCAGACCCGCUGGCGGCGGCGGACCCGUCGGCUCGCACGCCAGCGGAGAGUUCCGCCGCAGUGCUCGAGUCGAGCGCGCCGGGCAGAGGCGCGCACCUCGCCAAGCGUGCUGCCGCGCGCGCAACCUUCCCUCGCGCGUUGGGCUUGCACCGCGGCUCCGCGGGCGGGCGGGGUUGGGGCGUGGGGGGCGUGGCCGUGGGCGAGCGCGCGGAGCGGGCGGGGGGUUAA